CCCUCGCCUCUUCUUCCCCCUCCUGCUGCCGCCCACACCGCCACCGCCUCCCCCCAACCCGCCGCUUCCGUCUCCGAUGGCCGCAGCGCCGCCGCCGCCACCGCCUCCGCAGCUGCAGUCCUCGGAUCCCUCCACUCCGCCUCAGGAGACCAGCCAGGUACGCAAGGGAAAGAAGAGUCGUGGCGCGAAGAAACCUAGGAGAGCCGCCGCUGCCGCCGCCGCCUCGACCUCCUCGGCCGGCACGAUGGUCGAGGACCCCUUCCUCGUACUCGCCGGAGGCAAGGAAGGAGGGUUCCUGGAGCUUGAGGAGAUCGACGAGGCGGACUUCGGAAUCUUUGGCGGUGCCGUGGAGGAUCUAGGAGAAAUUGACAGGAAGGCAGGAAAGGAUCAGAAGAAGAAGAAGAGGAAGAAGCGGAAGCGAGGUGACGAUGACUAUGCUUUACCUGGUGAUGGUGAUUUGGUAGUUGAAUGUGAGGAGGAGGGAGAGAAGGGUGAGAAGAGGGUGAAAAAGAAGAGGAGGAGCAGGAAGAAGAGAAAGGUGAAGGAAAUGGAGGAAAAAAUGGAGAGCAAGGAAGAUGUCUCCGAUGACAAUGUGGAAGGUGCUAAUUGCUUUCACUUAAAGGCUUUUAGGAGCAUUUUAUCUGAUAUGCAAGAUGGCAAUGACAUGGAACAAGAUAACAAUGAUGGGCUGAUUUUGGGAGAGGAUGAAGUCUAUGCAUGGCGAGAGCUUAGACUGCACCCUCUUCUUAUUACAGCGGUGCGCAGGCUUGGAUUCAAAGAACCAACACCAAUACAAAAGGCUUGCUUUCCUGCAGCGGCUCAUCAAGGCAAGGAUGUUAUUGGUGCAGCAGAGACAGGUUCUGGUAAAACACUUGCUUUUGGCCUCCCUAUCUUGCAGCGCCUUCUUGAAGAACAAGAGAAGGCCAUGAGAUUGUCUCGGGAGGAUGAGAGUACACAAGAUGAAAAUUCUAGAGAAAGUCCACUUCGUGCUCUUAUUUUAACACCCACCAGGGAGCUUGCCAAGCAGGUCUGCGAUCAUCUAAAAGAAGCAGCCAAGUUCUUAAGAAUCCAAGUUGUUCCCAUUGUUGGUGGUCUAUCCAUGGAAAAGCAAGAACGGCUUCUGAAAAGGAAACCUGAGAUUGUUGUUGGAACCCCAGGAAGAUUGUGGGAGCUUAUGUCAACAGGCAACCAACACCUAAUUAAGUUACAUUCAUUAUCAUUCUUCGUGUUGGACGAGGCUGAUAGAAUGAUAGAGCGAGGCCAUUUCCAUGAACUGCAAUCUAUCAUUGAGAUGUUACCAGUGACUAACGGUUCUGAUGAACAAACUGUUGGGACCACGCCAAGUUGCGAAACUGUGCCUAUAUUGCAAAUAAAGAAGAGACAGACAUUUGUAUUCUCAGCAACACUUGCUCUCUCAGCUAAUUUUCGGAAAAAGUUGAAGCGAGGCCUAGUUACUGCAAAAGCGUCUGCAUCUACUGAUUUGAGUUCUAUUGAAGCACUUUCGAAGCAGGCCCGUAUGAAACCUAACGCAGAAAUAGUUGAUCUGACGAAGGCUUCUAUCUUACCUGAGAAACUUGAAGAGUCUUUUAUUGAGUGUAGUGAUGAUGAUAAGGAUGCCUACCUGUAUUAUAUAUUGAGUGUCCAUGGACAAGGCCGCACAAUAAUAUUUUGUACAUCAAUAGCUGCAUUACGUCACCUUUCAUCUAUAUUACGAGUUCUUGGAAUUAAUGUCCUGACAAAUCAUGCUCAAAUGCAACAAAGGGCUCGCAUGAAGGCUGUGGAUCGUUUCCGUGAAAGUGAAAAUUCAAUUUUGGUUGCAACUGAUGGUUUUGCAAGGGGCAUGGAUUUUGAUGAUGUCCGAACUGUGAUUCAUUAUCAAUUGCCACACUCAACUGAUGUUUACAUCCACAGAAGUGGAAGGACAGCGCGGAAAUCAAUGGCAGGUUGCAGCAUUGCAUUAAUCUCUCCUGCAGACAAGGCCAAGUUUUACUCACUUUGCAAGUCACUGUCAAAGGAGAACCUCCAGCAGUUUCCUGUUGACCAUGCUUACAUGCCUGCAGUAAUGAAUAGGCUCACCCUUGCUCGGCAGAUUGACAAGAUUACACGUAAAAAUUCCCAGGAAAAUGCCAACAAAUCAUGGCUUCAGAGGAAUGCUGAGUCCAUGGGAUUAUUAUUGGAGACAAGUGACAGUGAGGAGGAACGUGUACAGGGGCAUAAGCAAAGGAAAGCAACUUCUGCGAACCUCCAGAAGCUUCAACAGGAUUUGAGUGAGCUCUUGCAACGCCCCUUGCAGCCUAAGACUUUUUCGCGGCGCUAUUUAGCUGGGGCUGGUGUUUCACCGUUACUUCAAAAGCAACUGGAAGAGUUGUCCAAAAGGAAUGUUAAGGGCAGUGCUAGUGUAAAUGCAAAUAAAGGAUCCCGAUUUGUUGUUAUUGGUCAGGAUCAAAUAGAACCCUUGCAAGCUCUUCAGAAUUCUGGGCAAGAGGUGUGUGUGAGCAUUGACAAGCAAAGAGAAAAGCGAAGGCUUGCUGAAAAUUGGAGGCGAAAGAAGCAAAAAGAGAAGAAAAGUACACGAGAGCAAAAGAGAAAGGAGAAGAGGAUAGCUAAAGAAAGGGACUAAAUGACAACGUUGUCCAACUACUCAUCAUUGUAGGCACUACAUUGUUACUGUUGGGAAACAAGUUUUGGGGGUGUUGGAUAUCAUUUUUGCAAUUGAAGAUAGGGUUAUAAUCAACUGUACCAGCAUCAUAUCUGAGCAUCAACUGUGGCAUGCAUGAUACCCACCAGUUUAUUGAUCUGAUGGUUGCUGGAUGCAUGAAAUAUUUUCUUCAACCACAUACACCUGAUUGAUUGAAUCUUACCAAAGACGUA